UCCCUGCACGCCCCGUCCAGCCGCCUGACCGUGUGGCUCUGGAUGUAAGAGAGGCCGGGCAUGAACUGCACUCCCGUCCAAUGAUUAUGCAGGGGAAAGGUGAUAAUGACAUCCUAUCAGGAGGGGAAAGCAGCCCUCGGCUCUUUGCAAACGAGGUCACGGUGCUGGACUCGGGCGGCAGGUCUAAUUCUGAACUCGAGGUGGACGCAGCUCCUGGAUUUUAUUUGCCUCUGUGCGCCCCUUCGGACAGCAGUGCUGCCCCCCUUCCUCUCCCACCACAAUGUGGAGCGCCAGAGAGCCUCCCUACACCGGCCUCCCCGCACUCCUCCCGCGUCACCUGGAGGUGCAUGGCAAAGGGGUCGAUCGCCGAGACGCAUCACUGCUGCUUUGGGUCACUUGCAGAAGAAAUCGGCUCCUCUUUUAACUCUGGAGCCGCGGUGGGAAGUUUGGACUGUAGUGGAGCUGCUAUGGACAACAGGAGCAAAACUUUUGAGUGGAUGAGGGUGAAAAGAAGUCAACAUCGAACAAGCAGGAUGCACAUGACCUGUAGUGGCUUCAGUGCGGGCCUCUGCUUGGAGGCGGUUGGAAGCCCGGCUGACCGCAGCGCCGUGAACGGAGCCCCCAGGACCAGCUUCAGCACCAGGCAGCUGACCGAGCUGGAGAAGGAGUUCCACUUCAACAAGUAUCUGACGCGGGCCAGGCGGGUGGAGGUGGCUGGCACCUUGCGGCUCAGUGAAACGCAGGUGAAAGUUUGGUUCCAAAACAGACGCAUGAAGCAGAAGAAACUGCGGCGGGAUGGGCUGACCUCGGACGCCCGGCUUCCUCUGCCGGACGGGCCCGGCCAGGGGAACUGCACCUGUCCCUGAACUUCUGAACCGUUCCCGAGCGUUGGAGAGCGACGGCUCCAGCCAGCCAGCAGAUGUUUUGAUUCGUGUUUGCAUCGUUUGCAAUCAGGCGUCACCUUUAUUUGUUUACCACGAUGGAUGCUGCACUCCCGAGAAGCGCGAUGGCAGGCUCCCUCCACGCAAGAACGGGUGAAAACGAUUUGUCAUCCACCCCGGCUUUAGACUUGAAACUCUGAUUUGAAUAUUAAAAUGAAUGCCAUUC